ACGCUGCGCCGCACCGCCUCGAGUCGUCGUAGUCGCCACUGUUGUUGUUUUUGUUGUCGCUGUUGUUGUUUUCGUCGUCGCUGUUGUUGUUUUCGUCGUCGUUGUCGUUGUUUUUGUCGUCGUCGUCGUUUUGCGGCCGUGGAAAUGACGGUCUCGCCAUCACCACUGGUGCAGCAGCAAGCCGUCGCCGUCACCGUCACCACUGCGACCGUAGCGUUCCGGCUGUCGUUGGUGAUGUUGCUGCUGUUGGACGUCGGCACCGCGUCCGCGUCUAUAUGCAAAUCCGGACUGUGCUCCCGCGAACAGUAUUGCUGCGGUGACGGCAAGUGUUGUGACAACGUGUACAGCCUCUGGUACUUAUGCGGGGGUGUAGCUGUUAUGCUGUUCGUCGUCGGUUCAUUUUGUCCGGUCAUCAGACAGUGCUGUUGUUUCCGGACUCCGGUAAUCGUCAAGUACGUCCCGGUGCCCACGUCACCAACUAAAUUCAAAUAUUCUGAUCAUGAAAAAUGCACCAGAGUGGACGUGACGCUGCCCAUGCCGCCUCAAGCUACCACGAUGGGCGUCACGAACUGCAUAUAACACACGGACACAACACUACUAAAAACAGUACCUACACAUAUUGUAAUAUAUUAAUAAUACUAUUGUUAUUCACGAUAAUCGCGGAGUACACGCGGUCAUGUGAAUUGUUGUUUUCCCCCUACCCAACACCAUCGGCAGACAUCAUGUUUUAGGGCAUAUAAGGCGUGUACUGGGAUUAACCAUUGAUAAUAUAUUAUAUAAUCAUUAAUAAUACAUAAUUUACCUAUGUUACAUGUAAUAUGUAAAUAUAGCGUAGAAGUUAGAAGUUUAGAACACGUCUAUUGUCGGAGUAGUGAACGAAUGAGGUCUCCAUCGAGGCUUCGUAUAUUUUUCUAACUAGAUAGAUACCUAUUUUAAAAUAUAGUAAAACUGACGGUUGACGGGAGCCAAAAUUAUACACUUCUCAAUACACAAACACCCUAUUUAUAGACAGACACUUUAAGUAGCUAGGUACACCUAAAUCAGUCAAUAUCUUUGUAUAUAGGUACAUAUGAAUUAUGCCAUCGUCAUGUCUUAUAAGUGCAUUUUCAAACGCUGUAGUGCACUCGUAUUCUCGUCGUUCAUAUUUAUUUAUACACGAUAGUCUGAACUUUAUGCUGAGUAGUGCGAUAAGAUUUUUCUGCAGGUUAUCCUGUGCUAUCCCAUUCGCCUUAUGUUCUUAUAAUAUGAUAUAAUAUUUUAAUUUAAUUUAAAUAUAUUACUUAUAGUACUAAAAUAUGAAAAUUAGAAAAAUUACGAUUUACGCGUGUCUUUAAGUUAAAAAAAAAUAGCCACUUCUGAAAUUCUAAAUAUCUAUGUACACUUGAAAACGAAUAAAUGCAUUCCCUAGUCAAAAAGCUGUAAUUUAGAACUUAGACGCUUAUAGUAGCAAUAAUUCAAAAGCGGGCGUAAAAAAUAGUUGCAACAUAUAAUUGAAGGGUUGAGUGAAUGAAUAGUUAAGUGACAUUAUCCAUAGGUUUUUCUAAUUUUUCACACCUUUGCCAAUGUUACGUGGUGACACGCGUGAUGUAAUGAUAUCGCCUCAAUCAACGCGUGUAUCUCGGAAAAUUAUAAUUCAAAUGACAAUAUUGUAACACGCAUUGACAAUCACAUUCGAUUAUACAUACUAAACGAGUACAAUAACCCUUCAAUUUUUAGUUUAUUUUCAAUUAAAUUACCGCUGUUACUAAAUUAAUAGGUACCGAACGAAUAUACACGAGCUGCAUAUAGUAGGUACGCGUGUGAAUAUUGUACCAUAAUUUUAAGCGAACAAAAUAUAGACGUAUACUAAUAGGUAUUUUAAUAAUAUUAAAUUUCCGUCCAAUUGUGUAUAAUGCCUACAACAACGUAUGUGCUUAUUAUUUUAUAUAACUAUUUACAAGUUAAUCUUAGAACUACAAACACAUUUAUAUUAUAUACAUAACGUCAAGUCUUGUUAAUUGUAUUACAUAAUAUACAAGAUGAUUCACCAAGUAUGCUCGCCCUAAUUUUUUUGUUUAACGAUGAAUUUAUUCAACUUCUGAAUUUUAGAAUUUUAAGUGUAUAUACUUAAAGUCCGCCUAUAUUUUUCAUUUUUUUUUUUAUCCUAUUUGAGGAGUCUCCUGCGGUAAUUCAAACUUAUUCAUUUCAAAUGAAAAUUACCCUUGAAUGGGAAUAGUCUACUCUAUUAUUAACAUACGACUUUUUUUAUGUCGAUAUUCUCAUCAAAAUCGAAAUUCAAACAAGCAGUAUCUGUGUUAUUCGACUUUAUGUCUUUAUAACAAUAUAAGGUUGAUUUUCAUUUUAAAAAAGAAGUUUGUAUUGCCGCAGAACUCUUUUUAAACGGUAUAAAAAUCUAAAUAAUUUAAAAUAAUAUUGUACUCCUUUGAUUAUACGUAAAAAUUCGAAAAAUCAGAAAUUGAAUAAAUUUAUUAGAAAACGGGUUGAUCACUAAACAUGUUUCAAUUUUUAUGUAUACGAGUGGUUUUAAAAAAUAAUAUAUUAUCCACAAAUUAUUGUUAUAUCAUACCGCGUUUUGAUUCGUAAUCAGAAACCAACGAAUUUAAAACAAAAUAGUUACUUGUUUUCCUUUUUAGAAUACUUUUUACUCUUUUUCUGAGUACUUAAUUUCAAGUGUGUGUACUGAGAUAUUUUUGAUGAGAAAACACUUUUGUAAAAAAUAGCAAAACACUGUUUUACUUAUCUUUUCUUAAAACAGUAUUCGUUAUCGUGAUCAAUGAUUUGAAAGUAAAGAGACUAUAAAAUGUAAAUCCUGCGGGGUCUUGUUAAGUAAUUCACUAAAAUAAGCAUUAAAUAAUUUUUACCAAUAUUUUAUCAUUUGAUGGUUUAGGUACGAUUUAAAACCGAAAAACAUUUGUUCUAUACGUCAAGCAUUAGCAUGGCAUAUACUACACAAUGUUUGGUGAAUCAUCAUGUAUAAUAUAUUAUUAUUACUAUUUAACGUAUUUAAUGUUUGGCAUAAUAAUAUAUUCCUUUUACUUCCUACUCAAUUACAAUAAAUAACCGAAAAUAUUAUCGUAGGUAGCGUUCAAGAGUAGUUAAAAUCGGUAA